AUGAAGUGCCAGAGGAAGCAGCAGCUGCAGGUAUCUAAAGCCAAAACUAAGUCUAAGAAGAAAAAGAAAAAGUCUAAAGGUAAAAAGGCUCAAACAAAUGAAGAUAGUCACAAUAUAACUCAGGAUAUAACAUCUCAUCAACAUGAGACCCUAUCAAUUCCGGUGCAAGAGAACCAGGUGGAUGAUAGCAGAAGCAAGAAGCAAGUGGCAAAUUCCAGCUGUGAUGUGUCUACAUUUAGUGCCAGCGUAGCUACCUCAUCACAACUUGCAUUUGGUACUAUGCCUAACAACAGUAAUGCUGGUCCCUUUCUAACAAGUCAUGACAUCAACAAACUUGAUGACUUACCUGACCAAACUUACCAAAGUGACGGAGAGCUGGAUGACAUUGAAAAUCCUGUCAUUGAUGAGGAGUCCACCGGUUCCUCAGUAUGUACCUCAUCAGAUUUGUAUUCCUCCUCAUCAGUAGGUGAUAGAACCAUUAAUGUACAGGAGCAGCUAUGGCAAAAUGUGAAAGAGAAAUCGGAAAUGAGACAAAAGUUACUUGCGUUACAAAAUGAAAACCAAUCUCUCGUAAGGAAUUUAGAGCAAUUAAUAACCAAGCUCAAGGAAGAGCAGCAACAAAGGAUCCGUGCAGAGAACCAGUAUUCAAGACUCCAAGAACAUUAUCAGCUAGAAAUAUCUAGAGUGAACCAGCAACUUCAGAGCAAGGAUGAAGAAAUAAAGAAAAUUACAACGCAGUUUGCAAAUGAACGGACAUUGUGGAAUAAAGACAAAGCAAAACUAGAAGAUGUAAGCGCAAAAAACAUUGCAAAGCUGGUAGAGGCAACAAAGCGAGCAGUAGCUGCUGAGAUUUUGUUCUUGGAAUGCCGUAGGGAUAAUGGCCUAUUCCAGUUGCAACAGGCUGAGCAAGACUGUUCAGUUCGGCUUAGGACAGCAGAAGAAAAUCUGACAGGACCUUUUUCCUCUGAGUCCGUGACCAGAACACAAGGCCUUACUGCCUCCACAAGCUGGCCUCCAGGAUUCAUCUCCCUGGCCGGCCUGGGCUCGCUGUGCUCCCGCUCUGGAUGUGAUUCAGCUCGCAGGUCUGCCAGUGUUUGCUCUGCUCGCCGCUCCAGGCUCGGAGCCACGACUCACUUCUGGGACUUGGCCCGCGAUCGCUCUCCUCCCAGUCCGGCUGCGACUCAUCUCCCCGUGUCAGUCUGGUCUCUGACUCCGUUCUUCAUUCCCUCCUGGUAG